AGAUAAAAUCCUCGUAUACGAACCGGAGAAUCCAACAAUUUUACUAUUUCCGCACCGCGAUCGAGACUGGAUCGAGUUCAUGAUCUCUGUCCCUCUCCCCAUCUCGAGACAUACGAUCAUCUCAGAGAAGAAUUUCGGGCUCGAUUUUCCCCUCCAAUGGCGCUGCUGAUGGGACAUUCGGUGUCGGAUUCGAUUGCAGAGGUCUAAAUCUGGUAAUCUUGAUCACAUUCUUGCAAUUUAGUGGGUAGAUGGUCCAAAUCUUGGUCUUGAUAUGGGAUUUUCUUUAUUUAUGAGCAGGAUUGUGUUGGUUUUAAUGGGUCGAUUAUCUGGAUUUGGGAAGAUUUUGAUGCUAUUUGGAAUGUGGGGGAUGCAAAGCUUAGCUCUUGAUCUCGUUUCCGCCUCUUAAUUUCUAGGAUUCUUGUGAUUCUGGCCUGAUGUCUGGUAGCUUUCUUACUGUUUGAUUGCUGAAAGAGGGUAAAUUGGAGAAGCUCUUCAUGUAAUUUUUGUUUCAGAUGAUGGCUAAGGGCGUAGGAUUCUGAGUGCUUGGUGUUUUAACGAUGGCUAGUGCAAGCUCUUUUAAUGUAUCCAACUUUAAUAGCAGGACAGCCCUCCUCUGCGAUGAUGCAAGAGAAGUCACCGAGAUUGGUGGAAUUGAUGCCGAGCUCUCAAAGAGCGAAGCAUCUCUUCAAAGGGAUAUGGAGGCCUUGAGUGUCUCCAAAAGUCUAGUAAGGAGUGUAAGUGACAAGGCAAAGAAGAAGAAUACUCAUAGAGGAUGCAACAGGGAAGAGGGGGUGAACUCAAGGGCCGGCCCCUCUCGAUGUCUCAACCUUUAUGUAAAGGGUGGUGGAUGUCGAGUCUGCGCCUGCGAGGUGCUCGAUGCAAAUGGGAAGAGGAGGCCGAGUACCAUGGAUGAAUGCAUGCCACAUAAAAUGGUGAUUGGGGUUGAGAAAACUGGAGUUGAAUGCUUCUCCCAUGGUGUGACCGAGAGGCUUUGGAAGAAAAACUUGAGAAAGGGGAAAGCAAUCGAGCAAUGCCCACCGAGGUCUUCUGCCGGGAAUUCGCUUUCAGAUGAUGUCUUGGGAUUGAUCUUGGUUCGGCUUCCUUUCACUUCUCUGAUGGCUGCUCGAUGUGUUUGCAAGAAAUGGAGAAAUUUGACAACCACACCACAUUUCAUGCAGAUGAGAUGUGAAAGCGCCCAUAAGAGCUCAUGGCUGUUCCUGUUUGGCAUUAAAAGGGAUGGGUGUCAUUCUGGGGACAUUCAUGCUUUGGAUGUCUCGUUGGAUCGGUGGCAUAGGAUUAGCAAUGAUAUGCUGAAGGAAAGAUUUUUGUUUUCAGUUGCCAAUGUUGGGACCGAUGUUUAUAUUGUUGGAGGUCGCUCUAGCUUAUCUAAUUACUCCUCAUCAAUGGAGAGAAGGAGCUCCUUCAGGACCCACAAAGAGGUGUUGGUCUUUAGCCCUAUAAGAGGCUCGUGGCACAAAGCUGCGUCAAUGAUAUCGGCAAGGUUGAGACCUGUUCUGGGAGUAUUUGAAGUCAGUGCUAGCUGCAGUAUAUUUCAUAUUCAACCGGAUCGUCAUGAUCGGUUUCCUUUUAGUUCUCAGAUUGGUGGGGUUUCAGAGGUCUAUGAGGAUCCUCACAGGUUUUCAGUUAGGCGCAAACUGAGGACUGCUUUCUAUGAAGAUGAUAAUUCAUGGGAGCCCAAAGAAAAACCAUCGAAGUUCAUCCGACAAAAUAUGAACAAGCAACCAAAGUUUGCUCUGAUUGCUGUGGGUGGUCAUGGGCCUUGGGAUGAGCAUCUUGAGUCUGGAGAAAUAUAUGAUCCUCUCACCGAUAAAUGGGUGGAGAUUGCAAGAUUGCCACGAGAUUUUGGAGCUGUUUGCUCUGGUGCAGUUUGUGGUGGAAUGUUUUAUGUAUAUUCUGAGGCAGACAGACUUGCAGGCUAUGAUCUUGAGAAGGGCAUCUGGAUUACCAUUCAGACAUCCCACCCUCCUCCCCGGCUUCAUGAGUACUACCCAACGCUCUUUUCUUGCAGGAGUCGGUUGUUCAUGUUCUGCGUGUCAUGGAUGGAAAGAGAUGGACAGCUAUACAGGAGGGAGAAAGCUGUGAGGAAGCUCUGGGAGCUGGAUUUUCCAUCACACAGAUGGAAUGAGGUCUCGAGACAUCCAGAUGCUCCCAUGGACUGGAAUGCUGUAUUUAUAGCCCAUGAGAACAUGAUUUAUGGGUUGGAAAUGUUUAGCAUAUUUGGUCAGGUUCUGGAUUUUUUAACUGCUUGCCGUGUUUCUGACACCGAACUCAAAUGGAAACGGAUAUCAAGGAAGCAUGCAGCACAUGAAGCAGAUGCUUCCUCAUGCACAACAAAGUCAAUGGUAGUCCUUCAUCUGUAAUGUUUAUCUAACAAGAUGUUGGCAUUCUUUCCAUGCUUUUUUUUUCUUGGGCAUAAUUUUCUUGCUAAUGUUGUUGAUUCAAGUAGCAUUGUUUGAUUCCAUGCGUAAAGCUCUGUGUACACAAAUGGUCGUGGUUGAAAUCAUUUUUCAAGUGUGUAAGUUUCGCUAAAUUACAAAUGGAAGGUUUGAGUUAUCCUUGAUUGCUGUAAGAAUUUUCAGUUUGUGCCAAUAAUGUGGUAGUAGUCUCCCAUUUAUGGUUCUACAUCACUAGAGGCAAGAUAUGUCAUUCCUUGUACCAAAGAAUUGCUUAAUCUGCU